AAAAACAUCGAAGAAGAAGCCUGCAUGGCUAAGUUAGAAAACUUGCAUUGUCCCAUCGAUCUCUGCUAAUAUUUCAGCAACCAUGUCUUCAGUUCAGCAUCUCAGAGAGUUUAUCAGAGAGCGACUAACUGCUGCUGCUCAAGAAAUCUUCACAGAGGUUGAAAAAACCAUCAUUUGCUACGAGGAAGAGCUCGAUGCUCAGCGCAGAAUGAUGGGGAUCGACUGGAAACCAGAAAUUAAGCUACACAGAGUCGGUUCGGAGCUGCAGAGACAAAGUUCUGACCUCCAACAGCCAAGUGUCUCAAAUGAGGAGGAAGCUUCUGCCAUCCAACAAGUCUGGAGCCUGGCAAAAAGGUCCAGGCAGGACCAGAAAGAAGCAGAAUCAAAGCAGUGGACUGAAGAGGAACAGAUGGAACCAGAACCUACAUGGAUUAAAAAAGAAGAGGAGGAACCAGAACCUACACUGCUCAAAUAUGAGGAAAUAGAAUAUCCACUAAUAUACGUAAAAAAAGAGGAGCUUGAUUCUUCGAUGCUUCAACAUGAACAGCAGCCACCAGAACAUCUACCAACUGGACAGCACCAGAAGGACCUCUGCAGCAGUCAGGAGGGAGAGCAGCUUGUCCAGAAGCAUUUUGUUGCUAUGAUUGAGACUUCUACUCUUCAGGAAGAUGAUAUGAGUGAAGAAGAGACGAGAACAGAGCAGCUUUUCCUUCAUAUCUCUCCAGUGGUUGAGAGCAAAGAUCAGGAAGGAAGCAGCUGCUCUGAGUCAGAGAGUCAAUCUGAUACUGGCACAAAGAAAAGAUCUUUCAAAUGUGACAUUUGUGGGAGAUGUUACCCACGUCAGUGUAAAUUGAAAAACCAUUACAGAACCCACACUGAUGAGAAACCUUUUUCAUGCCAGUUAUGCAGAAAAAGUUUCACACGAAGUAGUAGUUUAACAGUGCACAAGAGAAUUCAUACAGGUGAGAGGCCUUUUUCAUGCCAGUCAUGCGGAAAGACUUUCUCUCAAAUUGGUUCUUUAAAUGUCCAUAAGAGACUUCAUACAGGUGAGAAGCCUUUUUCAUGCCAGUCAUGCGGAAAGAGUUUCUCUCAAAUUAAUUCUUUAAAUGUCCAUAAGAGACUUCAUACAGGUCAGAGGCCUUUUUCAUGUCAGUCAUGCGGAAAGAGUUUCUCUCAAAUUCGUACUUUAAAUGUCCACAAGAGAAUUCACACAGGUGAGAAGCCUUUUUCAUGCCAGUCCUGUGGAAAGAGUUUCCCUCAAAGUAGUCACUUAAAUGUCCACAAGAGAAUUCACACAGGUGAGAAACCUUUUUCAUGCCUGUCAUGUGGAAAGAGUUUCUCUCAAAUUGGUUCUUUAAAUGUUCACAAAAGAAUCCAUACAGGUGAGAAACCUUUUUAAUUCAAGUCAUGUGGAAAAAAGUUACUCUUGGAUUGAGGAGUUAAAAUGUAAUGAAAAUUCAUAAAGGUGAGAGGCUAAUUUGAAGCCAAACAUGUCGAGAAGUUUUCUCUUAAGUUGAUCAUUUAAACAUGCGCAUGAACCAAGAGUUCUCAGGAACCGACAUGAGUGCAAUGGGCUUUUCCUCAUGAACUACGGGGGGGAGGGGGAGUGUAUGAAAUGUGCUAUUGAAUAUUUAGAAUAGUUCAACUGAUGUGCAAGUUCAGAUAUUGAGGUAUUAUGCUACUUGACAUGCUACUGGCUGACAUUUGCAAAGCAGUCAAUCCAAAAGCAGGACUAUUUUUUUCUGCUGACUGCCUGUACCCCAAUAGCAGAGACAAGGAAAACAUUUAAUGUUAGUUUCUUUAGUUGUGCCAAAAUAAUUUCCAGAAAAUAUAUUAAUUCGUAUUACGGUAUAUUGGGUAUUUGAAUUGAUAAACUAGACAGAUCAUUUUAGAGUCUCAAGUACUCUGAAAUACAUCAGAAUGAUAGAAUUGGAACUGCCUACUCCAGAUGUCUCCAACCCAAUUAUUCAACAUUUAAUAUCCAUCCCUGCUCCCAGGGUGCUGCCAUAAAUAUUGGACCCCAUGGCAAAAAUGUAAUUGGGUCCCCACUGCGCAGGUGCUGUCACUAUUUUUUGAGUCUGUCUGGCCUAUUACAAGCGAUUUGAUACAUCCACAUGUUAGAUGUAUCAAACAAUUUAAAAUUAAAAACCUAGACAAUUGCAAUAUUAGAUAUAUUUCUAGAUUUUUAAACUAUUGGAAUAAUGUUUUUUCUGCUUUGUGAUGGUGUGUCUUUUCUUGAUGAUUUGUAAAUUUUAUUUACUUUUUCUAAGGUGUAUGGACUACUUCUUGUCUCGCAGUAA